CCUGUAUCUCUCUUCCCACCAAACCUUCUGGAGGUGAGCUGAACUAUGCCAUGCUAGGAGCUCUAUCUGGUGCCUUGGACCUUGAGGAGUUCAUUUGACACACCCUUAGCCUCAACCCGAUCACCUUUCACCUCCACCUAGCCCCUCCUCACUUUGCCCAUCAUCCCCUUGCCUCCCAGUCUGAUCCCCUGGUCACGCCAGAGAGGAGCAGAGAGCAGAAGCCCAUCUCACAUCUGAGGAACGUCUGAGGGACACGUGGCACCACACAAAGGCGGAGCAAGCCCCUUUGUGCCUAAAAUCUCAGGAAGAAUGAGCAACCACAUCUAGCAGAUAUUUGCUUGUCUUUCCCAGAGAAAAGCGCGCAAGAGAGAGGGGAAGAUACAUACUCCUGUGAAAUAAAGAGAGGGAGAAGGACAGGGAGAAGCAGAGGAAGAUGCCUUUCGGGGGGUUUGCAGGGCUGAAGGAGCAGAUUCUGAAACCAGGGAAGGAGGAGGUGGAGAAUAUGGUAGGAGACGGCCUGGGGAACCUGCAGAGGAAAAUCGAUGGCACCAAUGCGGACGAGGAGGACCAGAUGGAGCUGACAGAGGACGCGGAACAGGUGACCCCUCGUCACAGUGCCCCUCUGUUUGAUUGCGGGUGCUGCGGCCUGCCCAAGCGCUACAUCAUCGCCAUGCUCAGUGGACUGGGUUUCUGCAUCUCCUUUGGCAUCCGCUGCAACCUGGGGGUGGCCAUCGUGGAGAUGGUCAACAACAACACGGUCUACAUCAAUGGGACACCUGUACUCCAGCCAGCUCAAUUCAACUGGGACCCAGAGACUGUGGGACUGAUCCAUGGCUCCUUCUUCUGGGGUUACAUCGUCACACAGAUCCCUGGAGGCUUCAUCUCCAACAAGCUGGCCGCCAACAGAGUGUUUGGGGCGGCCAUUUUCCUCACGUCCAUACUGAAUAUGUUCAUCCCGUCAGCAGCCAGGAGGCACUACGGCUGUGUCAUGUUAGUCCGCAUCCUACAAGGCUUGGUGGAGGGUGUUACCUACCCAGCAUGCCAUGGGAUGUGGGCCAAAUGGGCUCCUCCCCUAGAGAGAAGUCGUCUGGCCACCACCUCAUUCUGUGGUUCAUAUGCAGGUGCUGUGAUUGCCAUGCCUUUAGCAGGAGUACUGGUUCAGUUUGUUGGAUGGCCCUCAGUCUUCUAUAUCUAUGGUGUUUUUGGGAUCAUAUGGUACAUCUUCUGGCUCCUGCUUGCCUAUGGGAGCCCAGCCGCCCACCCCACUAUAAGCGAUGAGGAGAGGAUCUACAUAGAGACCACCAUUGGCGAGGGGGUCAAAAUAUUGAGCGCCACUGAGAAAUUCAAGACUCCAUGGCGCCGUUUCUUCACCUCCAUGCCUGUCUAUGCCAUCAUCGUGGCUAACUUCUGCCGAAGCUGGACCUUCUAUCUGCUCCUGAUCAGCCAGCCGGCCUAUUUCGAGGAGGUGUUCGGCUUCUCUAUCGGCAAGGUGGGGCUCCUGUCUGCUGUUCCUCACAUGGUGAUGACCAUCGUAGUUCCAAUUGGUGGCCAGCUGGCCGACUUCCUACGCAGUCGUAAAAUCAUGUCAACUACAAACGUCCGGAAAAUCAUGAACUGCGGAGGUUUUGGCAUGGAGGCCACACUGCUGCUGGUGGUGGGUUUCAGUCACACACGUGGUGUUGCCAUCUCCUUCCUGGUGUUGGCUGUGGGCUUCAGUGGCUUUGCCAUCUCAGGGUUCAACGUAAACCACUUGGACAUUGCCCCUCGCUAUGCCAGUAUCCUAAUGGGCAUCUCCAAUGGCGUUGGCACACUGUCUGGAAUGGUGUGCCCCCUUAUCGUUGGAGCACUGACUAAACACAAGACCCGUCUGGAGUGGCAAAAUGUGUUUGUGAUUGCCGCCAUGGUGCACUACACGGGGGUCAUCUUCUAUGCUAUCUUUGCCUCGGGCGACAAGCAGGACUGGGCCGACCCGGAGAGCACCAGCGACGAUAAGAUUGGCAUCAUCAACGAAGACGAGCUGGCCGAAGAGACGGAGCUCAACAACGAGAUUGCCAUGGCACCCAAGAAGAGCUAUGGAACCACAGAGAACCCUUCGGGCUGGAAGAAGAAGAGAGGAGUCACCAUGCAGCAGGAUGAGGAUGAUGGGAACUCCCACCAUGGUAAUGGGAACUACCAGGAGCAGUAUCAGUGAUGUUCCCUAAGUAUCAGGGGCAUUGGCUGUCCUUGCUCUUCACCUUUUUCCUGAAGCGUGCACUUGCACACUUUCUCACAUGGUUUCAACAAUGGUGAAAACUCCCUCUAGCCAAUCCUUUCACCAAUCCUAUGCUUUAAUAUCCAUGUAGCGUGUGCAAAUGCCCACUUCUGGAAAAGGGUAGAGAACCGAGACACAAAAUUAUCUCUAAUGACCCCCUUCCUAUUCGAUAUAUAGUGCACUACUACUACAGGGAAUAGGGUGUCAAUUUAGAAGCACUGCAGGACUUCCCCUUCACGUCAACAUCAAGUGAACGAAGGGUAUAGUGACAUACUUGUUCAAAAAUAAUUUACUCUUGGAAAGGGGGUCAUUUGAGAGGACUUUGCCUUCACAUCAACUUCCAGUAAAGGAAGAAGGGUCAAAUUCACACAGACCGGCAGAACUAUCAGUAAUCAUUCUUCUGAGAAGUUACAAAAGAAGUUUCAGCAGCCAUUGGUCAAUUACCACAAACUUGCUUUCUGUUGUUGUUUGGUCAUUUUAUCCAUUUGACAGUUUUACCUCGUACUGAGACAUCUUUAAAUUAUCGUGUGGUCCCUGAUGAUGAGGUCACGUUUCACUAACCAGGUGUUGCGUCUGAGGCUGAGCAAAGGGUGUAAAAUGAGAGAGAAAUUAGACACAUUUGUCUGGUAGGAACUCACAGAUGAAGGGACAUUACAAUUUGUGUAAUAGCAAAAUAAAAAUAUAUACAGUACCAGUCAAAAGUUUGGACACACCUACUCAUUCCAGGGUUUUUCUUUAUUUUUACUAUUUUCUAUAUUGUAGAAUAAUAGUGAAGACAUCAAAACUAUGAAAUAACACAUAUGGAAUCAUGUAGUAACCAAAAAAGUGUUAAACAAAUCUAAAUACAUUUUAUAUUUGAGAUUCUUCAAAGUAGCCACCCUUUGCCUUGAAGACAGCUUUCCACACUCUUGGCAUUCUCUCAACCAGCUUCAUGAGGUAGUCACCUGGAAUGCAUUUAAAUUACCAGGUGUGCCUUGUUAAAAGUUAAUUUCUAACCUUCUUAAUGCGUUUGAGCCAAUCAGUUGUGUUGUGACAAGGUAGGGGUGGUAUACAGAAGAUAGCCCUUUUUUGGUGAAAGACCAAGUCCAUAUUAUGGAAAGAACAGCUCAAAUAAGCAAAGAGAACGACAGUCCAUCAUUAUUUUAAGCUGCAGAGGAUAAGUUCAUUAGAGUUAACUGCACCUCAGAUUGCAGCCCAAAUAAAUGCUUUGUGAGACGCAGAGUAGGUGAACGGAGGAUCUCCCCAUGUGUGGUUCCCACCAUGCAUAGAUGAAGCAUAGAGGAGGAGCUGUGAUGAUGGGGUGGGUGCUUUGCUGGUGACACUGUCAGGGAUUUAUUUACAUUAUAGGAAAAUAGUACAAAUAAGAAAAACCUUUGAAUGAGUAGGUGUGUCCAAACUUUGACUGGUACUGUAUAUUUUUGCAGCAAUGUAAAUGUAUGCAACUUUGGUAUAGUGCUGCCUUCAAAUGCUCCUUGGAGUCUCAUUUCCCAUUUGUGAAGUUGUAAAUACAACACGAAUGUGUUCAAGUUCUGAAGUCGGAACAAUUAUCCAACCAAUGAGAUUUUAACUAGCUAGAUGAGCUAGCUAACGUUGCUAAUAAUAAAGUAAGCUAGCGUGAUAACGUUGCCGACUAUAACGUCAAACUAGCUAUUAUCCACAACUGCUGACCAACGUUCUUUGCACAGUAUGGGCAGAUGAAACAUACUGGAGUAUGGCUUACCUUUAAUUGAAUGUGAAUAGUUUUGUUUUGUGUCAGCUAUGCAACUAAGGGGACGUGCAUAUCAUGAAUGUGACUGGUUUGCUUUCAGCAUUAUUGAAGUAGACCACAGUGUUAAAAUUAUAGGCAUUUUUUAUUGUUGCUUGUAACAAUUUGCUACUGUUUAGUGACAAUACUCUACCACAGCUCUCAGCCUGCUGUCCAUGCCUUACCAGGCCCUGGUACCAUUGUUUCCCUUUAAUGCACUAACUUCAGCAUUGCUAUGUGUGCUUAUGGAGCUGUAAGCUCUCAGUAGGACAAAUAUACUGUGGAAGGUAAAACUGUGCACACAUUCUCCAAGUGGGUUGAAGUCACAUAUCAUCAUGCAAUCAUCUACUAUUGAUCUAUUUGAUAUUCAUGUUUAUUUACUCAUUUUUUUAAUUGUCUGAAUAAGGGGUUGAUUGACUACUCCUCAAACAUUAAAAAAAUAUGGAAAAAAUGAUGUAUAUAGUGUAUGGGAUCAAAUUAUUAAUGCUAUUUAUAGGACUUAUGGGACAGUGAUUUUUCAGUUUUUACGUACAGUAUAUAAUUAUUUGUCAUUCCAUUGUUUGAUAAAUGCACUUUACUAUUUUCAGAUUGUCCAGCUUUUAACUUGAAUAUUGUCUAUUCUGUAUUGAGAGGUUUGUUUAAAAAAAGAGACACCCUGAACAUGUCUUAACUAUGGAUCACUGAGUAAUGUGAACCGAGUUGUUCUUUAUUCCACCACUGAUCGUCCAUUUCAAAGUUCUUUGUGGUAAAUCCACCAUCAAUUGCAAUUUGUCAAUUGCUUUAACUCAAAAUAAAUCUUACAGUUUGAAACCC